GUGUUUUGGGCGGACAUAAAAUAUCGAAUCAUUUCUUUCUCUUGAAGUACAUGAUACUUAUAAAUAAGGAUCGUAUCGUAAUCGGAUAGAUUUGUAUCGAAACUGCCCAUGUAAUUACGGGGCUAAUAAUUAACAUUUUAAUAAUGCUAGCUUUACCUGAUUUCUUUCUUUGUCUUUCACGAGGCGGACGAGGGAAAGUCACUCUUGUGCUUGAAGUCAAAAUAAACUAAAGCAGUUCAUAUCUAAGAAGCUGUCCAGCAUGGAGGUGGAAACAGAUGUGUUAGCUGCAGUUUCAUCUACUGUAGAUAUACAGUCAAAUGAAUUGACAGAGUUUUCAACUUCUGAAGAUUUGAAACCAGAUCUAUCAGCCAUAUCUUCAUCUUCUGCUGGCAUCAAAACAGAAUUAUUGACAUUUAUUAAUUUCCAGGAUAUAAAACCUAACAUGUCAUUUAAACCUUCUCAAGAUGAUAAACCUGAUAUUAAUUCAGAAUUUUCUUCUUCUAAUGACAUAAAAAUAAAACCAGAAUUAUCAUUUUUUAAUGUUCAGGAUAUAAAACCUAACAUGUAUUUUAAUACUUCUCAAGAUGUAAAACCUGAAAUUAUAUGUUCAAUUGAAAAUAAUAAUAAGAAACCAGCUGCAUCAGCAGUAUUUUCAACAUCUGAAAAUUUAAAACCAGAACUAUCACCUACUGAAAAUUUAAAACAAGAUUUCACAACAGAAUUUUUAUUUUUUGAGGAUAAACAAGAAAAUGGACUUGAAGAAAAUCUACAAUUGUCUAGGGACAACGGAAAUAAAAUUGUUUAUUAUAAUCCAACAUUUUCUCAAAGUUCUGAAAGUAAUAUGCAUAACAAUGUUCAUUCUAAAGAUAAGCCAUAUAAUUGUGAGGUCUGUCUUAAAAGGUUUUCUCAAAGUUCUCAUUUAAGAGAACAUAAAAUGGUUCAUUCAGGAGAAAGGCCACAUGAAUGUGAUGUUUGUCAGAAAAGGUUUUCAGAUAGUUCUCAUUUAAGAAGACAUAAAAAGGUUCAUUCAGGUGAAAGGCCACAUGAAUGUGAUGUUUGUCAUAAAAGAUUUUCUAGAAAUUCUGAUUUAAAAAUACAUAAAAAUGUCCAUUCUGGAGAAAAGCCAUAUGAAUGUGAUAUUUGUCAUAAAAAGUUUAGUCAGAAGAUAAAUUUGUCAUAUCACAAAAAUGUUCAUUCUGGAGAUAAGCCAUAUGUAUGUGAUGUUUGUCAUAAAAGGUUUACUCGAAGUUCUAACUUAAAUCAACAUAAAAAGAUUCAUACAGUAGAACAUGCAUAUGAUUGUGAUGUUUGCCAUAAAAAAUUUGUGGAUAUGCAGGAUCUCUUACGACAUAAAAUUGUUCAUUCUGGAGAUAAGCCAUAUGAAUGUGAUGUUUGUCUGAAAAGAUUUUCAAAUAGUUCUCAUUUAAGAAGACAUAAAAAGGUUCAUACAAGUGAAAGGCCACAUAAAUGUAAUGUUUGUCAGAAAAGGUUUUCAGAUAGUUCUCAUUUAAGAAGACAUAAAAAGGUUCAUUCAGGUGAAAGGCCACAUGAAUGUGAUGUUUGUCAUAAAAGAUUUUCUAGAAAUUCUGAUUUAAAAAUACAUAAAAAUGUCCAUUUUGGAGAUAAGCCAUAUGAAUGUGAUGUUUGUCAUAAAAGGUUUGCAGAUAAGAAUGGUCUAUUGCGACAUAAAAUUGUUCAUUCUGAAUAUGAAUGUAAUAUUUGUCUUAAAAGAUUUUUAUAUAGUUCUAAGUUAAAAGAACAUACAAAAGUUCAUUCAGGAGAUAAGCCCCAUGAAUGUGAUGUUUGUCAUAAAAGGUUUUCUAGAAGUUCUACUUUAAGAGACCAUAAAAUCGUUCAUUCAGGAGAAAGGCCGCAUGAAUGUGAUGUUUGUCAUAAAAGGUUUUCUCAAAGUUCUAGUUUAAGUAUACACAAAUAUGUUCAUUCUGGAGAUAAAACACAUGAAUGUGAUGUUUGUCAUAAAAAGUUUACUCAAAGUUCUAAUUUAAGAAGACAUAAAAAGAUUCAUUCUGGAGAUAAACCACAUGAAUGUGAUGUUUGUCAUAAAAGGUUUUCUCAUGGUUCUCAUUUAAGAGAACAUAAAAAGGUUCAUUAAGGAGAAAGGCCACAUGAAUGUGAUGUUUGUUAUAAAAGGUUUUCUAGUAAUUCUGAAUUAAAAAUACAUAAAAAUGUUCAUUCUGGAGAUAAGCCACAUGAAUGUGAUGUUUGUCAUAAAAAGUUUGGUCGGAAUACACAUCUAUUACGACACAAAAAUGUUCAUCCUGGAAAUAAGCCAUAUGAGUGUGAUGUUUGUCAUAGAAGAUUUUCUCAAAAUUGUAAUUUAAAAGAACAUGCAAAAGUUCAUUCAGGAGAAAAGGCACAUGAAUGUGAUGUUUGUCAUAAAAGGUUUUCUAGAAUUUCUGUUUUAAAAAUGCAUAAAAAUGUUCAUUCUGGAGAAAAGUCAUAUGAAUGUGAUGUUUGUCAUAAAAGGUUUUCUAGAAUUUCUGUUUUAAAAAUGCAUAAAAAUGUUCAUUCUGGAGAUAAGCCAUAUGAAUGUGAUGUUUGUCAUAAAAGGUUUACUCGAAGUUCUAACUUAGGUAAACAUAAAAAGAUUCAUUCAGGAGAAAAGGUGUAUAAUUUUGAUGUUUGACAUAAAAUCUUUGCAAAUAAGAAUAAUCUAUUACAGCAUUAAAAAGUUCAUUCAUUACAAAGGUCACAUGAAUGUGAUGUUUGUCUUAAAAAAUUUGUGGAUAUGCAGGAUCUCUUACGACAUAAAAUUGUUCAUUCUGGAGAUAAGCCAUAUGAUGUGAUGUUUGUCUGAAAAGAUUUUCAAAUAGUUCUUAUUUAAGAAGACAUAAAAAGGUUCAUUCAGGUGAAAGGCCACAUGAAUGUGAUGUUUGUCAUAAAAGAUUUUCUAGAAAUUUUAUUUUAAGAACACAUAAAAAGAUUCAUUCAGAAAGGCCAUCUGAAUCAUGAUGAAUGUUAUGUUUGUCCUAUAAGGUUUGCUUGGAAAUGUGGUUUAUUAAGAGAAAAUUUUGUUCUUUUGGGGGGGAAAAGCCAUAUGAAUUAGAUGUUUGUCCUAAAUGAUUUACUCAGUAUAGUUAUUUAAUUCUGGAGAUAUGCCGUAUGAAUGUGAUGUUUGUCUGAAAAGAUUUUCAAAUAGUUCUCAUUUAAGAACACAUAAAAAGGUUCAUUUAGGAGAUUAACCACAUGAAUGUGAUGUUUAAUAUAAUGUUUUCUCAAUAUUCUAAUUUAAGAACACAAAAAAGAUUCAUUCAGAUGAAAGGCCACAUAUGAAUGUGAUGUUUGUCCUAUAAAGUUUGCUUGUAAGUGUGGUUUAUUAAGACAAUUUUGUUCAUUUGGGAAAAAAGCCAUAUGAAUUUGAUGUUAAUCCUAAAUGAUUUACUCAGAAUAGUUUAAAUACACAUAAAAAACUUUUUUUGGCCGUAAAUGGUUUUCUCAACGUUUUUAAUUAAGUGCACAUGAAAAUGUUCAUUCAUGAGGCAAGCUAUAUGAAAGUGGUAUAUGUCAUUAAAGGUUUUCUAGAAGUUGUAGUCUAAAUGAUGUUUUACACAAAUGAUUUUCUCAAAUUUAAAUACUCUUAAAAAAUUCAUUCUACAUGUAAGACAGAGGAAUGUGAUGUUGGUAAGGAAAUGUUUUCUUUUAAAUUUACUUUAUAUAGUCAAAGAAAUUCAUCAUAACUUAAAACCAAUUUAAAGUCAUUUUUUAUUAUUAUUAUUAAAUUUCUUAUAAUUUUUCUCUGCACAUAACUUCCAAUAGUGGGCCUUAGUUAAUAAAUAUUUAUGUUAUAAAAAGGUUCUUUUGUCAAAGAGUAUACCUCGUCAAUUAUUAUACAUACUCUAAAAAGAAAUUGUAUUCUGACUGUAAAAGGAAAUAGCAUCCUAUUGUCAGCUGCAUGUGUACAUUUUUUUCUUUAUGUAUCCUACUUCUUUCUGUGUUAUUUGUAUAUAUGUAUGAUAGGAGAAGUAAGCUAUCACUUUAGAGACCCAUGGUUUUAUUUUUGUACCAGCAUGGUUUUGUUCAGGCCACACAGUUAAUUUGCCUGUUUCAGAUUAUAUAAAAUUGACAAUGCGCAUUCAUUGAGAUAAGGAAGUUAGCCAAACCUUAUGAAACCAAUUACACAUUAACAAUAACAGAGGCUAACUAAAAUAAAACACGCUGUUCAAGUUCAAUUCAUUUAUUUACAUUUACUAGAUGUUUACAAUAUGUAGGCCCUACUGUUAAACAAUUCUCAUUUACACUACUCACAAACAGCUCAAUCAGACAUACAGCAACAUGAAUAUCAUGUUGACAGGUAAAACAACCUGCAUUAGACAAGUACAAUGACAACAGGCCAGCAGUCACAAUGGCAUCUGGCCAACAGGUAGGCCUACAGUGACAUCAAAACUUCUGAGCAGACAGCAAUUUUUUUUGUAAAAACUUUUUCAUCCUUAGCUAAAUGCCUUUUUAAUCAUUAUAUUUAGAGGUAUAGAAUCACAAAUCAUAUGAUCAAACUCUACUGGAUGCAAUGUAUAACUCAAACAGACCAUAUGUUAAAACUUCCUCUCCCUCCCCACUAUUUACAUGUCUUAUGGAACUAACCCCAAGUUUCAUGUUGCUUCAACCAUUGCUAAGGCUUAUGUUCACUUCCUUACUUUUGCUAAAUGUUUUUUUUUUUUUUUUUUAAUUUUAUUUAAAUGCAACUGUAACCUGUUAUAUAUAGAUUUUAUCUUUCUUCACACCUUCUCAAUAUGAACUUUAUGCCAAAUCUCAGACUCCUCUCUGCAUGCUAUGUGAUUGAAAAGAGUAUAAAAUAAUUUUCUUCACAUAUUCAUUUAGGCUAUACAAUUUAAAGAUUAACCGCACAUUUCAAUGUCGUAAAUUAACAUUUAAAUUUUUACAAAAACAGCAAAAAUUAAGAACUUGAAGAAAAGAAAGACUUAAGCUGCAAUUGUUACAUUUUGGUAUCUUAGUUUUAACUAAUGUAAUUUUUGACUAGUUGUUAUUUAAUUUUAUAUUCCUUACUAUUAAAAAAAUAGCCUUGUAAUGUAAAUUCUAAUGUAGUGAAUUAUUACAAAUUGUAAUAUGAACAUUUAAAGAAUUAAAAUGGCUAAAGUGUGUGGCAAAUUUUAUUAUUAUUGUUUUUCUAACAACACUUUCUGUAUGUAAAUUUGUAAAUUUCAAUGAGGCCAAUGUGUUUUGAAUGCUGGAGUGUAUUUUCCUCUCUUGUGAUGCUCCAAAGCCUGUACCUGCCAGGUAGAUGGUCAGUGUCAGACAACUUUUGCUUGUUAGGACUCCAGUUACAAAAGAAACAUUUGACAUUUUAAACACUUGUUUUACUAUUUUUUAUCAAUUACAAGUAAAAUAAAAUUUAUAAAAAUGAUUG